CCUUCCUGUAGGAGAGGCGGCGACCAGUCACCUGGAGUGUGAGUUCCGCAGGGACUCGAUCAGCCGCUGCUUCUGCUGUUGGAGGCUGGUGAGACCACCGGGGGACCCAGCCGCGGAGGAGGAGGCGCUCUUGGUCAGGGGAAAGAGCCAGCUCAUCCUCCACGGGUCCCCGGGCCCGAGGCCCUAGAAGGCUCUGGCCUGCUUCUCCCAGCUGCUCAGCCCGGCGGUUCCCCCAGCGACAGAGGAGGAGCGGGCAGGGACGCCCCAGCCCAACUGCUGGGGAGCCGCGUCUUUUCUAAGCAAUCCCGGCCGGGGGUCCUCGGGGUCAGGGGGGCAUGCUCUGACUGCGGACAGCUGGAGACAGGGAACUCGCCACCCGGGACCGGCAGUCCUCCCUUCCUGGCCCUGACGCCCCAACCAGCCAGUCAGGACGCUUGACCGCCCAGCUCUCCACCACCCCAGCUUCCGUCACCUGCGUGCCCCGCCCUCUCUGCGUGUCGCGUCAUCAUCUGGCGCCCCCGCCCGGACGUGCGAGAAGCGACGGCGCAGCGCGGUGCGGCGCAGCUCCGGCUCCCCUUUCCCCCUUACAGGGCGAGAGGUGUCUAUGGGGCACCCGCCACCGCCGCCGUUGCCGCCACCGCCGCCGCCGCUGGGUGCUGUCUCUAUGGCGAGGAGGAGGAGGAGAAGCGCGAGCUCAGCGACACAAGUACAUAAAUAAAGGAUAAAUAUUUUACGAAACAAAUCUUCAAUCAAGUAUAACAUUUUGAUGCUUGGCAGCUAGACUCCUUGUGCCCUCACUAUGCCAGCAGCGACUGUAGAUCAUAGCCAAAGAAUUUGUGAAGUUUGGGCUUGCAACCUGGAUGAAGAGAUGAAGAAAAUUCGUCAAGUUAUCCGAAAGUAUAAUUAUGUUGCUAUGGACACCGAGUUUCCAGGUGUGGUUGCAAGACCCAUUGGAGAAUUCAGGAGCAAUGCAGACUAUCAGUACCAACUAUUACGGUGUAAUGUGGACUUGUUAAAGAUAAUUCAGCUAGGACUGACAUUUAUGAAUGAGCAAGGAGAAUACCCUCCAGGAACUUCAACUUGGCAGUUUAAUUUUAAAUUUAAUUUGACGGAGGACAUGUAUGCCCAAGACUCUAUAGAGCUCCUAACAACAUCUGGUAUCCAGUUUAAAAAACAUGAGGAGGAAGGAAUUGAGACCCAGUACUUUGCAGAACUUCUUAUGACAUCAGGAGUAGUCCUCUGUGAAGGGGUCAAAUGGUUAUCAUUUCAUAGUGGUUAUGACUUUGGCUACUUAAUCAAAAUCCUGACCAAUUCUAACUUGCCUGAAGAAGAACUUGACUUUUUUGAGAUCCUUCGAUUGUUUUUUCCUGUCAUUUAUGAUGUGAAGUACCUCAUGAAGAGCUGCAAAAAUCUCAAAGGUGGUUUACAGGAAGUUGCUGAACAGUUAGAGCUGGAGCGGAUAGGACCACAGCAUCAGGCAGGAUCUGACUCACUGCUCACAGGAAUGGCCUUUUUCAAAAUGAGAGAAAUGUUCUUUGAAGAUCAUAUUGAUGAUGCCAAAUAUUGUGGUCAUUUGUAUGGCCUUGGUUCUGGUUCAUCCUAUGUACAGAAUGGCACAGGGAAUGCAUAUGAAGAGGAAGCCAACAAGCAGUCAUGACAUGAAAUAGUUCUUUUAUUUUUAUUUUAUUUGAGCUACACACAUGCUUGUAUAUAGGUUUUAUCUCUGGUUGAAUCCCUUGAACAACAGACAUUACUUUUUUUUUCUUUCAUAGCUCAUUUUAUUUUCUGCCUUUUGGUACUAAGUAUGACCAUUCCUAUCUCAGAUCUUAAUAAACAGAAAAGCAUUCAGGUUAAAUCUGGCCUUAAUAUACUUGUUAGUAGGCGUGUGUGACAGAGAGUGGGGAAAGCUAUUCAGUACAUCAUAUUGAAUACUUUGAUAAACGUUACUUACUUGAGCUUGUUUUUUCCCUUUCCUAAAUUAACUAGCACUGACUGUAAUUUAUUUCCCUGUUUCAUGUCUCCCUUCCAUUCUGCAGGAGUUUUAGCUAUUUGAGAUUGUGGACCAUCAAUUUUGCACUUUAGAGAGUGAUUCUGACUCAAAUCCUCUGUUUUAUCAGCAGUUUUGGCUUUUCUUGCUCUUAGCUGGAAAAAUGACCAUCUGCCAACUUUAUACAGUAUUUACUUGCUUUUGACCCACAGAAUAUAGAACAUGCAUUGUGCAAAUGGUUGAUUCAGCAAGACUACAAAAAAAAAAAAAGACAAAAAAACUACUGAGGAGCUUAGUAACUGCUGUUUCUGUACGUAGUACUUAACCUCCCAAGCACAUCUAGUGUCUGUCAGUUUCUAAUUGGCAUGUGUAGGCUGCUCUGUGACUGAAGAAUUUUUCAAACCAGCUUUACACCCUUCAGGAAAAAUCCUUUGUGAUUGGAUGUUUAGUGUGUGCCCGGAAACUGGUAUCCAAGAUGUUGAAGCUGUAUGAUAGCACACUUCCCUUGAUCUGCUUCUUUUUAUUCCAUCGCUAUUUACCCUUAUUUUCAAUUUUUAAAAAUUUUAUAGCCAUACUUAAAUGAUGCUCUUGUUGAUUACACAAAUCAAUUUCAUUAAAAUCCAAAGAUUGCAAGUCUUUAGGUAUAUUUUGUACCAGAUUAAAUUAGAAGACAAAAAAUUUGUGCUUUCAUAGUUGCUACAAAGAUAAAUAAUGGAGAGAUUUGGUGCAAAACAAAAUACAAAAAGUAUAAAUUUAUUAGCUAUAUACAGUGUAGCUAAUAAAAUUACCUGAGGAGUGUAAUGCUUGUUUAUUUUUUUGUGUAUAUCGUUGCAAUCUAUUUUAUAUAUAUUGACAAAAGAAACUGUGAAAUAUUUAGCCAUGCAGAAUAUGUGACCAGAUCAGAGCAUGUAUAGGAAGACACUUUGGUAAUUAACUCUGCCCUGAAAUGAUGGACUGCAAGUUAUGAUGUGUGUUAUCUGCACUUCAAUCAGUAGUAUUAGCAAAUCUCCAAAUGUUAGCCACAUUGGUUUGUUUCCCUUGUACGUUCUUUAUUCAUGAUACUUCAAUGCUGUAACUGGGUGGUCCUUUUUAAACAAAACAUUUGUGAAACAGAGGGAUUAUUUGUUUUUAAAGCUUUUGUAAAUAAAAGCUUCAGAAAUGUUUUCUUAUAUAUGUUGAUAACUAGUAAUUUUGUUUUAGAAAUAUUUGGGGGCUAUUGUGGUGGGUUUUUUUUUUUUAAUUUGGGCAACUGAACUCAGUAACUUCAUUAACUAGCUGAUUUUUAAUCUCUUAAUUGAAAAAACCAACCUGAGCCUUCUACAUUUCAACAGUGUUGGCUUAUUUUUUAAUGCAUACCUCAACUAGAUGUUAAGACUUGACUUCUGUCUCCCCAUUUAUUCUGAAAGAUGUACAAAGUAAAUGCAUUUGGUAUAACUUACUGUGGCUUCUUUUAAAGUCAACACAAAUUAGCAGGUAUCUAAUUGGUUUCUUUUUCUUUUGAUCUUUUAUAAAGAUUGCCUUUUAAAUAGCCAUGUAGUUGCUGAAUUUCAGUUUGUAGUUGCUGAAUUUCAGAGUUUGUAUCAAUUUUUUGGUUUUGGUUUCUGUCUCCAAGAACUAAUAUAUUUUAUAACUUCUAAAAGAGGAACAUUAUAACCUUUACUAAACCUAGCUUUUGGAUAAAAGAUAUUUGAUCAUUUUUUCAUGUUCCUAAGCCAUUAAUUCUGGACUUAACCAUAUUCUGUUAAAUCUACUAGAGCAAGAAUCAGCAAACUAUGGCCUACUGAUCAAAACCAGCCUGCUGCCUGUAUUUUGUAUGGCCAGUGACAUGAGAAUGGAUUUUACAGUUUUUAAAUGGUUGGGGGGAAGAAAAGAGCAUUUCCUGACAUGUGAAAAUUAUGAAAUUCAGCAUUUACUAUCCAUAAAUAAAGUUUUAUUGGAUUGCAGCCACAUCA